AUGAUUGAAUACAUACUGCGGCCACACGUCUGGGCCGUUGCUUUCGUGGUGGUGCUCGCGCUUCUGUGUUAUCGUCGUCGGUCGAAACCGAGCUUGCCUGACCUCCCGUGGCUUAACACCAAAGAAGGCGAACUGUUCACGACCUUGCGUGCCAGAUUUCGCUCGACAAUCAACUACAAGGAGUCGAUUCAUCAGGCCUAUGAGCAGUAUUCCAAGAACAACAAAUCAUGCAUAAUUGCCAAAUUGAGCGGGGACGAGAUUGUGCUCCCAGCAUCGUCAAUAACCUGGCUCAUCAAUCAGCCCGACAGCGUUCUGAGCGUGGACGAACCUCACAAGGACGUUCUGCAGACGAAUUACACGUUUAUUCACCCGUUUGUGGUAGAACAGCCGCUACACCAUGAGACCAUCCGGAGUGAGCUUACUCGCCAGUUGGGUGCCCUCACCAUGGACAUCAUGGACGAACUAGGUGCUGCAUUCGAUGACAUCUGGGGUACCGAUACGACCGAGUGGAAGGAAGUCUGUCCUUUCGAAACCCUCAAGCUCAUCAUCGCUCGGACCAGCAAUCGAGUUUUCGUCGGCUUGCCUUUAUGUCGGAACAAGGCACUGUUGGAACACGGCAUUGGUUUUGCAACUGCUGUUCCCAUUGCUUCGACCCUGCUCAAAUUGUUUCCUGAAUUCCUCCGCCCUCUUGCCGCCGUCGUCAUCGCACGGCCGAAUCGAUAUCACACGAAAUCUUUCGCCCGCCUUGUUCGACCCGAGAUUGAGCGACGCCAGAGACUUCUUGAAGGUCAGACCGGAGAUCUGGAGAAGAAGCUUGGCGACCCUGAACCCAACGACUUCCUGCAAUGGUCCAUUCAUCGAGCCCGUGAGAGUCCCUAUCCGGCCGAACGUGACCCAGACAUCAUCGCCGAAAGACUGCUGGCCGUCAAUUUCGCCGCGAUCCACACGUCAACAUUCAGCAUCACCAACGCCAUUUUCGACCUUGUCGCCUCUGACCCAUCCAACGGAUACUUGGAACAGAUCCGUGAGGAAGCCAGCAGUAUUAUCGCGGCCGACAACGGCGUGUGGACCAAAGCCGGCCUCGCAAGGAUGUACAAGACGGACUCAGCACUACGGGAGUCUUCGCGACUGGGCUCGUUCUUGGGUGCCGGGCUGAUGCGCCAAGUCGUGGUGCCGGAUGGAAUCACCGCUCCUAAUGGAACAUUCUGUCCUUAUGGGAGCUGUGUCGCUAUCCCGACCAAUGGCGUCCACAACGAUCCAGAGCAUUACCCUGAUUCCGCCACGUAUAACCCCUUCCGGUUUUCUGUGGAACGACAGUCAUCGACAGCAGAAUCCUCAGACACUCUCGUCAACAAAUCUAACACCAAGACCACAGAAGAAUACAUUAGGAAGGCCAAUCUUUCCUUUGUUAGUACGUCUCCGACAUAUCAUCCCUUCGGACAUGGAAGGCAUGCCUGUCCAGGAAGGUUUUUUGCGGCGAAUGAGUUGAAGUUGCUGUUGGCGUACAUGGUGCAGCAUUACGAAUUUGAGCAUUUGAAAGAGAGGCCGGCGAGCAAAUGGAUCGGCACAAAUUUGGUACCGCCUUUGACUGCAACCGUCAAGGUGAGGCGGCGAAAGCAGAGUUUAUAG